UGUGUCCCCCAUGCCUCCACCCACUGGGGUUAUUAAUAUCUACUCUUUGUCCACACCCCAUCUUUGUAUCCUUCUAUCCCAUCACCAUGUUGUCCGCAACAAUUUUCGCCAUUGUCUCUCUUCUCAUCGGCAUAUAUUUUUUCAAGCGGCCAAAAACAACAUCGCCUUUGCCACUACCGCCGGGCCCUAAGCCAUUACCAAUCAUUGGCAAUGUCCACCAAGCUCCCAAAUCCUACGGCUGGAGAGCGUAUCACGAAUGGAGCCAGCAAUACGGACCGAUCAUUCACGUCAACAUGCUUGGCCAGCCCCUUAUCAUCUUGUCGACGUCGGAAGUGGCCCAUGAACUUCUCGCCAAGCGGGGAGCCACCUUUUCAGACCGACCUCGUCUUUUUCUGGCGACGGAACUAGCCCUGAAAGGCCUCAACAUCCUCAUGAUGAAUUACACCGAGCAAUUCAGACACCACCAGCGGCUACAAGUCUCCGUAUUGAAUGCAACACCGGCAGCCGCCUAUCUUCCCGUCCAGGCACUCGAAUCCCAGCAAUUGCUACACGAUCUCCUGGAAACUGCAGGUGGUGCUGGUACAGAUGUCCAAGCACCCUUUCAGCGCACCACCGCCAGCAUCAUCCAUAUAUUGCUGUAUGGCUUCCGCAUCAUGGACCCCAAUGACCGGAUCCUUCGCGCCGUAGUGAAACUCAACGAUGAAUUCUCCGAGUUUAUCCAGGUGGGUGCGCAUAUUGUCGACCAGUUUCCGGUGCUUAACCAUCUCCCCAGCUUCUUGGCCCCAUGGAAGGCCAAGGCGGAGAAUCACUACAACACCAAGUAUGAUCUACGCGCCGACAACUUCCGGCGGGGCUUGGAGUCAAAUGCCUGGAAUAUUUCCAAGCAGCUCAAGAAAACAGUUGAAAAGGAUGGCCAGAACAUGCCCUUGGACGAGCUGGCAUUUGAGCUAGGUACCAUGAUUGAUGCCGCGCUGGAUGGCACGACCGAUAGCUUGAUCUGGUUUAUCGUGGCGUGCAUAACCCAGGACCAGGGCUUUAUUGCCAAGGCCCGCAAGGAGCUGGACGCUGUUGUUGGACGCAACCGACUGCCCAUUCCAGAAGACAAGCCCAACCUACCUUACAUCAGCGCGAUCGUCGAAGAGAUCUUUCGAUGGCGGCCCGCUGGCCCGGAGGGCGUCCCUCACAUGAACCGGGAAGAGACCACCUACAACGGAUAUACCAUUCCCAAGGGAUCUGUCAUUGUGCCCAACGUGUGGACGAUUUCCAGGGAAGAGGCUUUGUUCGGUCCCAACCCUGAUGAUUUCGUCCCGGAUCGCUGGCUCCAUGAGGACUGUAAAACCCUGCAAUCCUUCCCUGCUGCUGCGUUUGGCUACGGAAGACGGACGUGCCCGGGGCGGCAUUUCGCCCGUAAUGUUAUCUGGAUUGUCGUCGCUAGGCUGCUCUGGUCUUUUGAUAUCGAGGCCGGUCUGUCGGAGACGGGAGAGCCUAUCCCUGUGGAUCCAAUUGCGUGUACGUACGGCUUGGUGAUGCGAGCUCUACCUUUCAGGGCGAGGUUCAGUCCUCGUGGGCCGUGGGUGCGUGAUGUGAUUGCGAGAGAGGGAGAUACAUAUAGCCAGGAUCAUGCAGCCAUGCUCGACCAGAUUGGGGGGGAGUUUGCUAAGCUGUAGCCAAUUCGUUUCUCAAUACACACGUCUACAAUCUCACUCAGUGCUCUCUGCCGGGUUCUCAAUUCUAAGCCAGCAGACUGGCCCGUGAAAAUGAUACAUUCCUUCAAGCCUCAGGAUAUGCGCUUGAUUGAUUCCACAAUCACAUACCAAACCCCAAGCAACCAACCAACCAACGAAAACAAUCAUUUCAACCCCCCCGCCAACAACAAACUCUGCCCCGU